GGGGCAGGAUGUGGUAAAUGUUCUCUCCGCUGGCUCUCUAGGAGAAAUCGCUUCCUGCUGCUUGCUCAGCCACUUCCCUCUCUCUGCUGCUCCCGCUGCUGCUCCAGUGCAGUUUGGCGUGGCCAGCUGCUGCCAGAGGACGCGGCAUGGGGAGGGGAGGUGCGGGGUGGACAGCCUGGGGGGUGGACAGCCUGAAGGAGCGGGAGUUGCCAAGCUUCAAAAGUUUACUGGAAGAAACUCCCCUGAAGAGGGGCUAUGAACGCAUCCCCCGGGGCAGGCUGAGACCUGCGGACUCCAUCGAGCUCGGGGACCUGAUGGUCACAUUCUAUGGGAAGUUCUAUGGGCAGAAGCUGACCCAGAGGCUGCUGCAAGACAUCAGGAGACCAAGCGGUGCCGGUGCCCAGGCAGCGAGUGAGAGACAUGGGGAAGUCACUCCCUACAAAAGGCAUUCCAGGAAAAUUGCAGACGGAGAAUGGAAAGUGGAAAAUUCUACCUACAAGGAUAGACCUCACAAAUGUCCCAUUUGUGAGAAAGGAUUCAAUCUGAAAUUAAACCUUAUUCGGCAUCAGAGAAUCCACACAGGAGAGAAACCCUACAGAUGUGGUGAAUGUGGGAAGAGCUUCAAUGACAGCUCCAACCUCGCUCGACAUGAGAGACUCCACCUAGGACUGAAGCCUCACAAGUGUCCUGAGUGCGGGAAGAGCUUCAGUGUAAAAUCAAACCUCAUCCGCCAUCAAAGAAUCCACACAGGAGAGAAACCUUAUGAGUGCCCCAAAUGUGGGAAAAGUUUCAAUGACAGCUCCAACCUCGCUCGCCAUCAGAGAAUCCACACGGGAGAGAAACCCUAUAAUUGCCCCAAAUGUGGGAAAAGCUUCAGUGACAGGUCCAGCCUCGCUCUACAUGAGAGCCUCCACGCGGGAUCAAAGCUUUAUAGGUGUCCUGAUUGUGGGAAGAGCUUCAGUGUGAAAUCAAACCUCACUCGCCAUGAGAGAAUCCACACUGGAGAGAAACCCUACAAAUGUGGUGAAUGUGAGAAGAGCUUCAAUGACAGAUCCAACCUUAUCCGCCAUCAGAGAAUCCACACAGGAGAAAAGCCCUAUGUAUGCUCCAAAUGUGAGAAAAGUUUCAAUGUCAGGUCCAACCUCACUCGACAUGAGAGCCUCCACCUGGGACUGAAGCCUUACAAGUGUCCUGAGUGUGGAAGGAGCUUCAGUGUGAAAUCAAGCCUCAUCCGCCAUCAAAGAAUCCACACAGGAGAGAAACCCUAUAAUUGCCCCAAAUGUGGAAAAAGCUUCAGUGACAGCUCCAACCUUGCAAAACAUGAGAGAAUCCACAAGAGAGUGAGACGCAGGAGUGAAGAUGCCACUUCAGACUCCUGGGGAAAGGACAGAUGUGACUUGUGUCGCAGAGAGAAGGGUUUUGCAGAAGUACAACCAGAGAUUUUGCCAGGCCUGGAGGAGAACCAGAAAAUGUACAGGGUUCACUUCCCCCAGGCAGGCUCCUUCAGAUGCUCUGAAACUGAACUGGGGUUCGAGGUGAAGGCAGCUGUGAUUGUCAAAUACGAAUAUGAAUCCUGGCGUUGUUAUCAGACAGAACUGGAAAUGCAGCAGUGGAUGGUGGCCGGCCCUUUGUUUAACAUCUGUGCGGAACCGGCCGGGACUGUGGCAGCUGUGCACCUCCCCCACUUCUUGUGCCUCGCAGGGGGAGAGGCUGACAGCUCCCAGAUGCGAAUUGCCCAUUUCAUUGACGGGAGGAUGACGCUGGAGGAGCCAAUGCGAGUGAUGCCUUUUCAUGCAGUGCUGGGGAACCCCCAUUUCUCCUUUUUAGGAGUUAUUUGGAAACGUUUAACGUUUAAGCGAGAUCCUCCAAGCCACAAUGUCACACUGCUCUACCGGGCUCUCAGGGCUGAAAAUACAACUCUCCACCUCUACUUGAUACCUGACAUCCUUGCAUUGAAAAAGGUCAUUGAUGACAAUGAAAGAAAAUACAAAUCAGUGCGCGUGCGCAAACCUCCUACAACCAAGCCAUUAACCUAUGGCUCCCAUUAUGCAGUAUCCAGCACAUCAGAUGUAGAGAUAACGCCUGAGGAGCUGGAGUUCUGUAAUGUAGAUCCCCAGGAUGAACAUCCAUACGUGGAGAUUUACACCCAGGGCUUGGUGGACAAACUGGAGCUCAGCUUGGUGAAGCAAAGUGAUAGGCAGCAGAUCUGGAAGGCCGUUGUGAGACCAGGUGACAUUGUGCACAGUUCACCAUCAACAGAACGCCACACAGAGCCUCCCAAGACUGGUAGCCAGGACUCAGGCAGUGUGAGUGCUGCUGAAAAUCAGCUCGUGUGCUGCCUUCAGGACUCGUGCCAUAGGUUGCCUUCUCCUGUUCUAGGAGGUGGCAUGGGGAAGACAAUGAGAGAUCACCUCCUGGACACCCUGAAAAACCUCCAAGAGGCAGAGAUGAAGGAGUUCAAGAGCAAACUGACUGACAUCAAGCUGGAAACGGGAUACAACCACAUACCUCGAUGUCACCUGGAGAAGGCAGAGCCUGUGGAGCUCACUAAGCUGCUGAUCAGUCACUACAGGGUGCAUUAUGCGGUGCAGGUGACCACGAUGGUGCUGGAAGCUAUCAACCAGAGAGACCUGGCAGAGAGACUUCGCAGGGCAACAAUGGCUGGUCAGGAAUGAGCCAGUGUGGAGAGAUCAGCCUCCUCUCUUCAGGGGAUCCCACUGCGUCUUCAUCUCUGCAUCCUCCCUGCUCUUUGAAUUCUAAGCACAAUCUUAGACAGAAUACGCUCCUCUCUUUUCAUAAGUCAGAGCCCUUGGGAACUGAAUACAAGCCAAUUCCUUUCUGAGUUCACAUUUUUCUGACCCUUUAAGAUCAGGUUUCACUUUAAUUGUCUCUCUGUUCCCCACUUCCCCCAAACUCUUUUCAAGCCCCCACUCCUAUCUGCAAUCUGCAGUUUUGAUUUUAUUAUCCCCCUCCCCACUUGAAUAUAUUUGUUCUCUGUUUAUAAUUCCACUAGUGACUCUGCAGGGUGUUAAAAGGCAGCUAUUAAAGUUAGACAUUUUUAAAUCACCACGUCCAGGUAACUUGCAUCCAAGAGUUUUAAAAGAGCUGGCGGAGGAGUGCUAAUGUGGAUUCCCAAUAACUCUUGGGAAGUUCAAGAAGAUUGGAAGAAAGUGAAAGUUGUGCCAGUAUUUUAGAAGGGUAAAUGGGAUGACCCAGGUAAUUAUAGUUGGUCAGCCUGACAUCAAUCUUGGGCAAGAUAACUGUGCAGCUGAUAUUGGAUUUGAUUAAUAAAAAAAUUAAUUAAGGUAAUAAAAUUAAUGCUAAUCACAAUGGGUUUGUGGAAUACAGAUCCUGUCAAACCAACUUGAUAGCUUUUUCGUGAGAUUACAAGUUUGGCUGAUAAAGGUAAUAGUGUCAAUGUGAGAUACAUAGGCCUGGUCUACACUAUGAAGUUACGUUGACCUAAGUCAGCUUGUUUCGGCUUAGUUUUACAUGUGUCCGCACCUGUAUUAGUCUCUUGCUAACAUAACAUCACCUCUCCAGAUGACAGAGCCAGAGCUGACCUAUUUCUCCUAUAGACACUGCAUUGCCUGUGUUAAUCCUAACAGUUCUCCACAGCUAUCCCACAAUGCCCUGGUUGCCCCCGUGACCGUGACCAUUCUGAUCGCCAUUGUGAAAUCCAUUGCCCAGGGGUCACAGACACCGGAAGCCUCCUUCCAUCCCCUUGAAAAACGUCAUUGUGUUUUGUGUGCCUUUUCCUGAUUGUCCACCUUGGCAAGCAUGCGGCAAGCCAGGGAGACCACCACCACAUCUGGGGCUCCCCUGUGGACCUGCCACUUUACAAUGAACUGCACCCCCCACCAGCGCCUGAAAUCUGACCAGGGACACUUUGCAAGAGCUAGGCAUGGGAUCCUCUGCAAUGCUCAGUGAGGAGGAGGAGAAGGGAGUGAGAAGCAGAGGGGAAUACAAAACAUGCUGGGAACCAGGAACUGCUUGAAACUCUGCCGGAAUUGAGCCAGUCCCGUCACAUGAGCGCAGAUGGCCUGGGGAUGACAGUGAAGGGAGCUCAGGUACGUGUAUUGGUGCAUUACUCCUCAUGUUCAGAA